CUGAGCUCUGCCUGACUCCCUCUUGUUCCCUUGCAGGCUGAGCAGUGAAUACAGGUCUGGGGCCGGCAUGGCGGAUUCCAGCGAAGGCCCCCGUGGAGGGCCUGCAGAGGUGGCUGAGCCCCCUGGGGAUGACGGUGGCACCCCUGGUGGGGAGGCCUUCCCCCUUUCCUCUCUGGCCAAUCUGUUUGAGGGAGAGGAUGGCUCUCCUUCGCCUCCGGCAGAUGUGGGUCGCCCUCCUGGACCAGGUGAUGGUCGACCAAACCUGCGCAUGAAGUUCCAGGGCGCCUUCCGCAAGGGGGUGCCCAACCCUAUUGACCUGCUGGAGUCUACCCUGUAUGAGUCCUCGGUGGUGCCUGGGCCAAAGAAAGCACCUAUGGACUCGCUAUUUGACUAUGGCACCUAUCGCCACCACCCCAGUGACAACAAGCGGUGGAGAAGGAAGGUCAUAGAGAAGCAGCCACAGAGCCCCAAAGCCCCCGCUCCCCAGCCGCCACCCAUCCUCAAAGUCUUCAACCGGCCCAUCCUCUUUGACAUCGUGUCCCGAGGCUCCACGGCUGACCUGGAUGGGUUGCUCCCCUUCCUGCUGACCCACAAGAAGCGCCUGACUGAUGAGGAGUUCCGGGAGCCAUCCACAGGGAAGACCUGCCUGCCCAAGGCCUUGCUAAACCUGAGCAAUGGCCGCAAUGACACCAUCCCUGUGCUCCUGGACAUUGCCGAGCGCACUGGCAACAUGCGCGAGUUCAUCAACUCACCCUUCCGCGACAUCUACUACCGAGGUCAGACGGCUCUGCACAUCGCUAUUGAGCGGAGGUGUAAGCAUUACGUGGAGCUCCUUGUGGCCCAGGGAGCCGACGUCCAUGCCCAGGCCCGUGGGCGCUUCUUCCAGCCCAAGGAUGAGGGCGGCUACUUCUACUUUGGUGAGCUGCCUCUGUCGCUGGCUGCCUGCACCAACCAGCCUCACAUCGUCAACUACCUGACAGAGAACCCCCACAAGAAGGCAGACAUGCGGCGGCAAGACUCUCGUGGCAACACGGUGCUGCAUGCGCUGGUGGCCAUCGCAGACAACACCCGUGAGAACACCAAGUUUGUCACCAAGAUGUACGACCUGCUGCUGCUCAAAUGUGCCCGCCUCUUCCCAGACAGCAACCUGGAGGCUGUGCUCAACAAUGAUGGCCUCUCUCCCCUCAUGAUGGCUGCCAAGACAGGCAAGAUUGGGAUCUUUCAGCACAUCAUCCGGCGGGAGGUGACAGAUGAGGACACGCGGCACCUGUCCCGCAAGUUCAAGGACUGGGCCUAUGGGCCGGUGUAUUCCUCCCUGUACGACCUCUCCUCCCUGGACACGUGUGGGGAAGAGGCCUCAGUGCUGGAGAUCCUGGUGUACAAUAGCAAGAUUGAGAACCGCCAUGAGAUGCUGGCUGUGGAGCCCAUCAAUGAACUCCUACGGGAUAAGUGGCGCAAGUUUGGGGCUGUCUCCUUCUACAUCAAUGUGGUCUCCUACCUGUGCGCCAUGGUCAUCUUCACCCUCACUGCCUACUACCAGCCGGUAGAGGGCACCCCGCCAUACCCUUACCGCACCACGGUGGACUACCUGAGGCUGGCUGGCGAGAUCAUCACGCUUCUCACUGGGGUCCUCUUCUUCUUCACCAACAUCAAAGACUUAUUCAUGAAGAAAUGCCCUGGAGUGAACUCUCUCUUCAUCGAUGGCUCCUUCCAGCUGCUCUACUUCAUCUACUCCGUGCUGGUGAUCGUCUCUGCAGCUCUCUACCUGGCAGGGAUUGAGGCCUACCUGGCUGUGAUGGUCUUUGCCUUGGUCCUGGGAUGGAUGAACGCCCUUUACUUCACCCGUGGGCUGAAGCUGACGGGGACCUAUAGCAUCAUGAUCCAGAAGAUCCUCUUCAAAGACCUCUUCCGCUUCCUGCUUGUCUACUUGCUCUUCAUGAUUGGCUACGCUUCAGCCCUGGUCUCCCUCCUAAAGCCAUGUGCCAACAUGAAGGUAUGCAACGGGGACCCGACCAACUGCACGGUGCCCACGUACCCCUCAUGCCGUGACAGCGACACCUUCAGCACCUUCCUCCUGGACCUCUUCAAGCUGACCAUAGGCAUAGGUGACCUGGAGAUGCUGAACAGCACCAAGUACCCUGUGGUCUUCAUCAUUCUGCUCGUCACCUACAUCAUCCUCACCUUUGUGCUGCUCCUCAACAUGCUCAUUGCACUCAUGGGGGAGACGGUGGGCCAGGUGUCCAAGGAGAGCAAGCACAUCUGGAAGCUGCAGUGGGCCACUACCAUCCUGGACAUUGAGCGUUCCUUCCCUGUGUUCCUGAGGAAGGCCUUCCGUUCCGGGGAGAUGGUCACUGUGGGCAAGAGCUCAGAUGGCACUCCAGACCGCAGAUGGUGCUUCAGGGUGGACGAGGUGAACUGGUCACACUGGAAUCAGAACCUGGGCAUUAUCAACGAGGACCCUGGCAAGAGCGAGACCUACCAGUAUUACGGCUUCUCGCACACUGUGGGCCGCCUCCGGAGGGAUCGCUGGUCAUCGGUGGUGCCCCGUGUGGUGGAACUGAACAAGAACUCUAGCCCGGACGAGGUGGUGGUACCUCUUGACAACGUAGGGAAUCCCAGCUGCGAUGGCCACCAGCAGAGUUACCCCCCGAAGUGGAGGACUGAUGAUGCCCCCCUCUAGGGGCUGCAGGCCGGGGCCCCAUCCCCUCCACCCACCCAUUUCUAGUCCAUCUGCAUUUCAGCAGCACCUCCCGGGUAUCCCCCACACCCAGCUUUGAGCCCCAGAGGUGAGGGCCAGGUGGAGAUGCCCAGGGAGGCCCCAGGACCCUCUGGUCCCCAGCUCUGCCUCCACACCCUAGGGUAGGGCUCCUGGCUACCUGUCUCACUCCCAUGGAGUCACAUAAGCCAAAGCCAGGGCCUUUCUUCCCCCAGGGCUCAAACCCCUGUUCUUGACUCUCCAUUAUUUAUUUACUCUGCUCUCAGGAAAGCAGCAUGACCCCUGCCCGCAGCUAAAACCUGGCAGAGGCCUCGGGACACCCCCAGGUGCGCUGCCUGGCCCCGCCUCACCCCAGCUCAUCCUGUGCUGCACACAGCACCCCUGUAGCAGCUUGGUGGCUUUGUUGAGAGGCCGUUGGGUGGGGCCAUGCUUUCUGUGUGUUCCGUAGAGUGUCUGGGAUUCCUCGGUG